AUGUUUCGCCCUUUUGAAGCAGUAGUAUUCAGUGUACCAAACCACGGCGACAUGAACGGAGUUACAAUGAUGGACGAGAACGAUAUGGACAUUAAGAGUCCGAUACGGCGUCUGGGAUCGACGAGAAAGCUGAAUCUAUUCAAUAAUAUCAGACAACAACUAAACGAGCAGCUCAAAUUUCUGGACGUCCGCAUGGAGGCACAGAUAGCGCUCGUACAGGAACUUCAAGACUUCUUCCGACGGCGUGGCGAGGUGGAACUGGACUACAGCAAAAGCUUGGACAAACUAGCUAAAAGCUUACAGCUUCGACACAAAGAGCAGCGCCAAAAACGCGAACAAUGGCCAAUGUUCUCUUCCUACUCGUGCUGGCAGCAGCUUGUCAAUCAAACCAAAUCUCUCUCCAGAGACCAUGCGGCCAUGUCGGAAAUAUACUCCACACACCUGGUGGCUCGUUUGCAAACGGUAUGGGACGACGUCCAGCGCAUAUAUCGAAAGUGUCGAGAGAUAGGGUUUGAGACGCACGUAGAAAUAUUGCGAAUUUUACAAGAACUCCACACGAAUAUGAAAACAUACCACACGCUGCAGACGGAAGCAAAAGAAGCUGAAAAAAAGUUGCGACUGGCUGAGAAUCAACGGAUGAAGCUGCAGCAGAGUGUCCCGAAGGAAAAGCUAGAUCGCAGCAAAAAGUAUCGUUUGAUAGAGAAAGAGGUGCUGAAGCGCAAGAACAAAUACACGGACGCAAGACUGAAGGCGCUAAAGGCGAAAAACGAGUAUCAGCUAUGCCUGGAAGCUUCUAACACGACGAUUCACAAAUAUUUCGUCGAAGAUUUGAGUGAUUUAAUUGAUUGCAUGGAUCUUGGUUUUCAUUCGGUUGUGUCGCGCGCUCUGCUGAUGCACGUUUCCGCUGACCAGGGCCGAUGUCGUGCGGUGCUACAUAAUGCUGAAACUCUCUCGCAUAUCGUCAACUCGAUGGACAGCCGUGCAGACAAGCAAAAAUUUCUUGAGCAACAUAGUGCCGCUUUCAUGAUUCCGAAACGGCUGGAGUUUCAGGGCCAAGACGAGGACGUAGAGCCAGAAUUACAAAAGGCGUUGCAUCAGGAGAUGGAAUCACGGCUAAUGCAGCUCGAGCAGCGCGUGAAUAACUUGCGUAUGGAAUCGGAAGAAAUAUGGAAAACGCUGGAAACGGCAGAAAUCAAUCUGCUCGAUAUACUGAACACGAAGGAUUACGAUUGCACUGGGGCGUUUGGCGAUGGUGCCGUUGCUUUCCAGAAGCCCGAAAACACGUCCGUGAAAUUGCGAUCGGAUAAGAACGAGAUCGAGGAGUUCUACAUAACGAAAAUACGCGAAUACAUUCUUGCAACGUCGCGAAUAGCACGGCUGGAUUCGAAGGCAGAAUAUCUCCGUAAUGCUUUAGCAAAAGAUUCGGCCAUCAAAACGGACACUCUUACAAAAUCGAACGUGCCCAAGCGAAAGCGCAUUGGCCGCAUGAACAAAUCGGGUCGGCCAAAGCUGUUUGGUGGUUCGCUGGAAGAAUAUCUUGAAGUGUCCGGCGAAGAAAUUCCAUUAAUUGUGCGAAGUUGUAUAAGAGUUAUCAAUCUUUACGGAUUGCAUCACCAAGGCAUAUUCCGAGUUUCAGGAUCUCAAGUAGAAAUAAGUAACUUUAAAGAAGCCUUUGAACGUGGCGAUGAUCCACUAGCUGAAAUGACCGAUGCAUCCGACAUCAAUUCUGUUGCGGGUGUUUUGAAACUCUAUUUACGAGAACUACGCGAACCGCUUUUUCCUUUAAUUUACUUCGAUCACUUUGUUCAGCUGGCACAACUCGAAUCCAAGCACGAUAUCGUAUCAGGUAUACGCAAAUUCUUCCAAAGUCUACCCAAGUCAGUUGUUGUGGUUGUUCGGUACCUCUUUGCCUUUUUGAACCACCUUUCCGAAUAUUCUGACGAAAAUAUGAUGGAUGCUUACAAUCUGGCCAUUUGCUUUGGCCCCACGUUGAUGCCAGCGCCAGAAGAUAAGGACCAAGUGCAGUACCAGAAUCAAGUAAAUGAGUUAAUCAAGAACAUCAUCGUCCAUCACGCAGAACUCUUCCCGAAAGAUCUUGGCGGGAUGCAUUAUGAAAAGUUUAUCACUUCGGAAACCUUUGAAGACAUUGAUGUUGGUGACUCUCCGACAGAGCAAGUAUCGGAAGAUCCGGACUCAGAAGUGUAUCCAUCCGAGGAUGAGUCGGACACGUUUGAAGCAAUUGUUCAGUUCGAUUUCAACGCACGAUCCGACAGAGAAUUAUCGCUACGAAAGGGGGAUACUGUGAUACUGUACAAUCAGGUUUCCAACGAUUGGUGGCGAGGUGCAGUAAACGGCAAAACUGGACUCAUUCCGGAUAAGUACAUUUCGCUAAAAAUCAAGGACGAAGAUCGCGAUAAAAGUGAACAUUUGAAAUCAUCCAGUUCCGAAGAAUCCGUCCGUAAGCGUCGUCCCAGUGGAAAUAUUUCACUCAACAGUCAGCUAUCGAUCUGUACACAAAACUCCAACACACUGUCUAACAUAACGUGUGGAAGCGACUACACCGCUUCCACCAUAAGCGCUGCAACGGCUUCGGCCAGCGGCCACAGUGCCGUUGUUGGCAGUGGAGCGACAGGAGGUGGCGGCGGUGGUGGUGCAUCUAGCAGCAGCAGCAUUGGAGCGUCCGGGGCCGCUGUAGGCUCAAUGCAACCAGCAUUGGCAUCUCCGGGCCAUCCGCAGUAUCAUACCAUUCAGCACGCACAAGUGGCUUCUUCCGUUCACCACGCAUCGGCAACGGCAACGUCACAGCAGUCACACACACAGCAGCAAUCGGUAGCAAUAGUAACGCACCAACCACCGUUGCCAUCUGCGCAUCAUGCUCCUCCAGUGAUUGGCGAGAAGUUGGGCAGUGAGCUGAAGGAUGCAGACUUCAUUCACUACGAUAGUGUGGAUCACUUGAAAGCAUCACCGUACAAUUACCACGACGAACCGCAUUCUUUCGAAAACUCCUUCGAGUUUGUCGAAGAUAUGGCUCUCUUCACAUACGAGACAUCAAAACCAUCGGAACCGAUCUAUGCAGAACCGACAAAAAUUACGAUGAACCGGGAAAAAUCGCCAGCGGCCGACAGUGGUACAAGCAGCAACAGCAACGACGAGGAAUCGGAUAACGUAGAACUCCGUCCGCGGCUUGGCGGGAUGGGUGAUCCACCAGAGCACAGCAAAUCAACGCUUGGAUUGAACCGCCGUAGCGAAUCGACACUCACGAGCACGAACAAAACGGUGGACGUAGACAGUGAUGGACUUUCGGCCACCACCGACGACCAAUCCGAUCAAACCAGACCGAUGCGCAAGUAUCAUUCGAAGAGCUUCAGUUUGUCCGAGAACAAGCUGUCUCUGGCUGCGGCUGGUGGAUCGGCCACACUAAACGUGUUUCAGCAAAACCGUGACCUGUGGCAGAAGCGUGCCGCACAAAGCUCCUAUCAGAAUCUGACAACAUCGCGCAUCCUCAGUCGCAACCGAAUUGCACCGGAUUUGGUGAUGGAUCUGCCUCCAUCAGCCAUCAACAAGGAAACGGCGCAUGCUUCGCGAGAAUCGCUGGACACGGAACUGGAAGACAUGACGUCGGCGGAGCGUUUUGCAGCACAAAACCAGUGCACGUUAAAGAAGAAUGAACGAUUUUCGAACGAAUCACCCGUGUACGAGAAUAAUACGAUGAAGAAGGAGGUUAAGCUGGAUGCGAAAGGAGGUACAGCGACGGACAAACCGAAAGCAGAGGUAAAGCCACAAGAAAUCAGUAUUAAAAACUCUAGCGCAGUAGAAGUCCCUCAGAAAAUCGAGGACUUUGUAGCGGGGGGAAGCACUAAAGAGGAAGAAUCGAGAAGGAUAUCGGGUGCUGCCAUCGCGGUGCCGGCUGUGUUGUCUUCCUCGCCGGCAGAAAGCAGCACUCCGAGCACAGUAACAGACGAAGAAGCGGAAGUCGUUUCAACCGUCAACGAGAGCGCUGGUUUGUUGACGGCAAGCUCUUCAGUCGCUGCCGGAAAGGAACUCAGCAAGAGUCCGAUUCCUGUUCGCAACACGCAGAAAUUUGUGUCCCAAUUUGCAGAUUUGCAUUUAACUGGCGGUUGUUUGAUCAAGUCAACGGAAGGCACUUCGGCGGCGACCGCUACUUCCAUGGCACAGGAGCAGCAAGCAAAGAGCCUGAGCUCGUUUAAGCCGCAGGUAAAGGUCAAGCCUCAGAUAUUGAAAAAACCACAGGUGCUACCACCGCAAACGCCCGAAAUGCAGCGCCGUAAUGCGGACUAGAAGUGGCUGUUGUUCUCGCGCUCUAACACUUUCAACAUGUAAUAAAUAUGUGUGAGUUAGUGGAGCGA